UUUUAUCUUUUUAAUCCACAGAAAGGUGCUGACUUCCCAAAGUUACCAACAAGCUAGCCCGGCUGCAGACCGUGUAGACAAAACGGACGAAAAUCACACAUUUAUUUUACAGACACUUACUCAUGUGCCAUCGAAAAAACCAAAAUAUAAAGCGUCUAUCAAAUAUCCAGUGCUAUUAGAAUUUAGAUAAAAAUCAAUUCUUUAUUAAUUUCCUCGUUAAAUUGGUGCAGAUAAAAUUGCAACGCAUAAAAGAUAGUGACAAUCAUCACAAGUAGAUACUUUUGUGCGCGCCACCUGAAAAGGUUGUGCAGCACUGAAAGGGAAUAGCUUGUUCACUGUUAUCGUUGUCGAUAUAUGUUUUUUUCCAACUAAUCGAAACCGGUGGUUGUUAGGAUUAAAAUAAAUUACCGAAAACAAACAAUUUGCAAUAAAUUGAAAUAAUCCGUUCAUACAAACUACACUUAAGUAACUUAGAUUUAAAUUUGCUAAUUAACUUUUCUAAUAAAGUCAUAAAUUAAUACUUUAUAAAAAAAUGGGCAAACAGAAUAGCAAACUUAAACCCGAGGUUCUCGAGGAUUUGAAACAAAAUACAGAAUUCACAGAUGCUGAAAUUCAAGAAUGGUACAAAGGCUUCCUCAAGGAUUGUCCCAGUGGUCAUUUGUCCGUAGAAGAAUUUAAGAAAAUUUAUGGAAAUUUCUUUCCUUAUGGUGAUGCUAGUAAAUUUGCAGAACAUGUUUUUAGAACGUUCGAUGCGAAUGGAGACGGAACUAUUGAUUUUCGGGAGUUCCUUUGCGCUCUGAGCGUGACUUCACGAGGCAAAUUGGAACAAAAACUGAAAUGGGCCUUUUCCAUGUAUGAUCUAGAUGGUAACGGGUAUAUUUCACGUCAAGAAAUGUUAGAAAUUGUAACGGCAAUAUAUAAAAUGGUGGGAACGGUCAUGAAAAUGCCCGAAGAUGAGAGUACACCUGAAAAACGAACAGAUAAAAUAUUCCGACAAAUGGAUCGCAAUAAAGAUGGAAAAUUAAGUUUGGAAGAGUUUAUUGAAGGUGCUAAGAGCGAUCCGUCGAUUGUUCGGCUUUUGCAAUGUGAUCCGCAGGCGCAGUGAAUAAUCUCACAAUUUACAAAUAAUGAAAAUAUUAAUUAUAAUUACAAAGAAAGAAAAAAGUUCCCUCUUCCUAUAAACAACAAGCUAAUUAUUUUAUAAACCUAUACAAUUAAUUUACUUCGUUUAGUCAAUUUAUUCCUUCUAUUUUUUCCUUUUUGUAAUAUUUCCAAUAAUUUUUAUACUUUGAUUUUUAUUUAUUUCGUAAUAAUUCUAUUCUUGUAAAUUUCGGUUUAAAUAUUUAUUUAUUCGAAAUAAACAAGAAAAUCGUUUUUUUCUCUUUAAAUAAGCGUAUAAAGUAAUUAAAGCAACUAUUUAAGGAUAUUAUUUAAAUAUACAGUUGUGUAAUAAAAAAAAAAUCGAAGAAAAAAAACUACAAAAAUAAAGUGAAACAAAAAAAUGGGUAAAUACUACGUCAGACACAAAGUCAAGAAAAAAAACUGCAUGAAGACAGAAGUCACCUUUGUGCUAAUCCAAUUGUAAGUUAAUUUUUAAAAUUUUAUUUUUAAAUUAUUCCGUUUUGCUAAUAUUUAAUUUGUGUAGAUGUGAACAUUAACUUGAAAUAUUAAAUUUUUUUUGUCAAAUAUUUUAAAUUUCAAUCCGUUUUGAUGUUGUUAAAUCUAUUUUUUGUCCGUAGAGUUGCAAGUUUAUCUCUGAUUUCGUAUUUUCUUAUAUUGUGUAUAUUUUGUCGAUAAUCAUUCAAAAAGAAACAUUAACAGAAUAAAUAGUGAUAAAUUAUAUAAAUUUGAAUUAUAAAUAUUUCAUGUUAUUUUCAAAUCAAGUAGGGCGUAAGUAAAAUUGAAUUACUAGAAAACAAAUGUCUUAUCAAUCUUCGUUUCAGCUUUCCAUAAGAAGUAAUGUUCCAGCAAUAAAAUUUUCAUUUAAUUUUCAAA